AUGGCUCCUGUUAUUCAGCCUGGAUUGGAGAGAGUGAGAGAACUGCUGGCUGAGCUAUACAACCCACAUUUGGGUAUGCCAGUAGUGCAUGUUGCUGGAACUAAUGGAAAAGGCUCUGUUUGUUCAUACAUCUCCAGUGUCUUGGCUGCUACUGGCUUGAAGACUGCUAGUUUCUCAUCUCCCCAUCUGCUACAUCCAAGGGACAGUAUUAGAAUCAAUGGUCAGGCAAUCACCUUGCAGCAAUAUCAAUCAGCUCAUAGACAAGUCCAGAUGGCUAUGAAGGCUAUCGCUGUUACAAGAAACAACUCUCCUGAGCAACAUCAACUCCCAACAGCAUCUCCUUUUGAGCAACUUGUUGCACUCAUGUUUUUGGUUAUACGGCAGCUGCAGGUUGAUAUUGUUGUGCUGGAAGUCGGGCUAGGAGGACUUUUGGAUGCAACCAAUAUCAUUCCAUCUCCACUGGUUGCUGUCAUUACUGCUAUAGGAAUCGAUCAUACUGCAUUCUUGGGCACUACUGUGCUGGAAAUUGCUGCUCAUAAAGCUGGUAUUUUCAAGCCUGAAAACUGUGUUGCUGUUAUUGCUCGUCAACCCCAAUCCAAUGUGCAACUUCUACUGGAACAGUAUGCAUCAGCUGCACAGUGUCAGAUUCAUCCUCUACCAUCAGUAUGUGUGGUUUCUUCUGAUGGCAACAAUAUCUAUCCAUCAGUAUCCGCUACGUUUUGUAAUACGCAACUCCAACUCGUUCAAAGACUGCCAGGCUCAUUUCAAUUGGAUAAUAUAGCUGCUGCUCUCGCUGCAUUAGAAUCCCUUGUUCUAGUGCACAACUAUACUAUUUCUGCAUCUGAUGUGAUCAAUGGGUUUGAUUCUGUAACAUGUCCUGGUAGACUAGAGUGGAUUCAGCAUCCAGAUCUACCCAUUUCAAAUCUGCCCAUUUCAGAUCCACCUACGAAUCGUCGUGUUUUGCUUGAUGGUGCACACAACCCAUUGGCUGCUGCAGUUCUUGCAGACUACGUCAACCACCAACGAAACGCAAUGCCAUCACUUGCUCAUGUUCAUUGGAUUGUUGGAUUUACUAGUGGAAAAGAUAUCCAUAAUUCACUUUCAUGCCUUGUUCAACCCCAAGAUCGUGUUUCUGUCGUUCCAUUUGCACAACCACUUGAUAUGCCUUGGAUUCAUUCAGAGGAUACUCGUAUUAUUGCAAAUGUAGCCGAUACACUGAUUCAAGGCGAUACGCCAUCACAAUGCUUUGACAGUUUUGCAGAUGCGUGGAACGUUAUCACAUCUAGUAACACCGAUUGUAUUGUUGUUAUUUGUGGUUCACUCUACUUGGUAUCUGAAGUGUACCGCACUCUACACAUGACGUUUUAG